AUGAUAUUGAAAUAUUGUUUCGGAAUUUACAAAUUCAAUCCUAUUAUUAUAUAAAGAGUGUCAGCACUACUUAAAGCCAAACCAUAUCCUACUAAUGAUAAUAUUCAAUAUUAAGGAGAUGUAAGAGUUAUUGAUGAAAAAUACAAACUCUUAGGAAUUAUGCCAUUCUAAUAAGCUAAAGAAUAAGCAAUCUAAUAAGAGAAAGAUAUCAUUCUUAUUAAUGAAAAUGUUGAACCUCCUAUCUGUAGAAUAUGUGAUUAUUCUGAUGAAUUAGCCUAAAGAUUUCUGACAGAGAUUUCACCUCCUUUUAAAAAAUUAUCACCAUAAAGAAAUAUUAAAAUUGGAUCCAAAAUUACAUUCUAAGAUUUAUAAGUCAAACUAAUUGCAGCAUAAACUAUUCUUAAAAAAUAAAAAAGAAUAUUUGUUAAUACUGUUUGUUUACAAAAUGAAGAAUUAAUAUGUAGGAAUGUGUUUUAUAAGGUAAAAUUUAUUAUUAAUUUUAGUUUAGGGAUAUGUGUGAAUAAUUUAUGAAACCUAUUGGAAAUAUUAGAAGUCGUGAAUAUAUAGACACAUCAGAAUAAUAUGGAAAUAAAGAUGAAUAAAAAUAACCUAAAAUUGAGUUAGAGUAUGAAUUUGAGAAGAUUGGCGAAAUUGAAUAACCUUAACCGAUUCCAUAAUUGAAAAUUGAAAGAUAAAUUAAUCAAACUUACAAUUUAACUACUAGGUAGAUCUUAAAUGACAUAUCAAAGAUAAGAAUUGUUGAAUGCAGAUGAAUUUAUCAAAGAAUUCUAUUCCUUACACAAAGAUAUUGACAAAAAAGAAGGUGAAAUAGAUGAAGAAAAUUUGACAAAUGAAAAAAUUUGGACCAAAGACAGAACUAAAAAAAGAAUCACCAAGUACACCUAUCCAAAAAAAGAUAUUGAUGAAAUUAUGAUGGAAAAAGAGAAAGACAAAAAAGUUUGA